AUGCAAAUUCAAGAUGGCCGCGUGGACAACAAACUCCGCCGACGCGCCGUCAAAGGUGCCGCCCAUCUGUCAUCUGACGCGCUUCCAGACGGCGGCGGCGACCGCUCAAAGGACAUCUGAAGCCGCGACCGCCUUGGAAGUCACAUGUCCGUUGCUAGGAAACUGUGGAACUCAGAAGCCCCUCCCAGAGAGGGGUAAGGAUCGGUCAGUCGGCUUCCGAUCUAUACUGUGCAGUUAUCGUCUGAAGUGCGAAGUGGCGUGUCGGGUGUUUUGCUACAGAAUCAGUGUAAGUGAGAAUUAUCAUCAGCACGCAUCGUGAGAGCGACGGUCGAAGUUAGAUAUGGAGUGGAACAGCAAACUACCGAUUACCGUGUCGUGAGCGACUGGCAGCUUGGCCAGCCAAAAUGUGCCGUCAGUCCCGUCGCUCGAGAUCGGACGAACUUCUGACUCUGAGGAUGGAACUAAGGAGCUCUGACCAGCGAGGAACACGCCCAGGCAAUUGGCGGCUGAAAAAUGGGUAGAAAGCUGCGCGCGAAACGGACAACAAUUUAUUAGACGCUGCUAGCCAUCGACAGCACAACAAAUAACAGAAUUUCGGGAGUUGGGCUGGUGACCUGAGCUCGACCGGACGCCGCUGCCAGUACGCCGGAGACUGACAUCACCCGACACCGCAAUCAUGGCCGCCUGUAGGGUUGCGGCGCUUCUUCUGCUGGCGGUGCCGCUGGCACUGGCCGACUACCCCGCCGCCAAGGGACACUCCAGCUACGGAAAGGGAGGCGGAGGUCCCAAGUACAAGAUCGAGCCGGCUGGCCCGUCGGAGGAGUUCAAGUGGGCGGGACCCGGAUACCACGUUCCUGGCUACGUGCCCCGACCGCCGCACCUGCCCAAGUUCGUGUGGAUGGGCCGGCCCAUGUACAACGCCAUGUGGGUGCCCAAGGCGCCCACCCCAUCCGGUAAGGGCUACGGACCUCCCAAGCCCGCCAGCGGCUACGGCAGCAGUCACGGAGCUGUGACGAUUGUCGGAGGAAUCGGCGGCAAGGGCUCCUCCAAGGGUCACGGAGGCUCCUCCAAGGGCCACGGAGGCUCUUCGGGUGGCCACGGAGGAUCCUCCAGCCACGGAGGAGGUUCGGGAUACAGCGGCGGCUCGUCCGGAGGUCAUGGAGGAGGCUCCAAGGGCCACGUCUCGCAGCCGGCUGCCAGCUACGAUGCGCCGGUGACGAACAACGGGUACGGACCGCCCAAGCACCCCGUCUCUGGCGGACCGGUGCAGUCUUACGCGGCGCCUGUUCAGGUUGGAGGAGGGUACAGUGCCCCCGCUCCGCCGCAGGAGAGCUAUGGCGCACCUCAGGUUGAGGAAAGCUACGGCGCGCCGCAGGUUGAGGAGAGCUAUGGUGCCCCGCAAGUUGAGGAAAGCUACGGUGCGCCGCAGGUUGAGGAGAGCUAUGGUGCCCCGCAAGUUGAGGAAAGCUACGGUGCUCCGCAGGUCGAAGAGAGCUACGGAGCCCCGCAGGUUGAGGAAAGCUACGGUGCUCCGCAGGUUGAGGAAAGCUACGGUGCUCCGCAGGUUGAGGAGAGCUAUGGUGCCCCGCAGGUCGAGGAAAGCUAUGGUGCCCCUCAGGUUGAGGAAAGCUAUGGAGCUCCGCAGGUUGAGGAAAGCUACGGCGCUCCGCAGGUCGAGGAAAGCUACGGUGCUCCCGCCCAGCCUCAAGAAGAGUAUGGGGCUCCCGAAGUGAAGGAGGAAUACGGAGCCCCUGAGCCCGUGCAGCAAGGCUACGGAGCUCCCGCUCAGCAGGACUACAGCGCCCCUGCCCAGCAGGACUACAGCGCCCCCGCUCAGCAGGACUACAGCGCCCCUGCCCAGCAAGAUUACAGCGCCCCGGCUCAGCAGAGCUAUAGCGCUCCUGCUCAACCGAGCUACAGUGCCCCAGCCCAGCAAGAUUACAGCGCCCCUGCUCAGCAGAGCUACAAUGCCCCCGCUCAGCAAGACUACAGCGCCCCCGCUCAGCAGGACUACAGCGCUCCGGCUCAGCAGAGCUAUAACGCUCCCGCCCAGCAGGACUACAGCGCCCCCGCUCAGCAGACCUACAACGCCCCUGCCCAGCAAGAUUACAGCGCCCCGGCCCAGCAAGAUUACAGCGCCCCCGCUCAGCAGGACUACAGCGCCCCGGCUCAGCAAGAUUACAGUGCUCCUGCUCAGCAGGAGUACGGCGCCCCUGAGCCCGUCCAGCAGGGCUAUGGCGGUCCCGAGCCCCAGGGCUACGGCUCUGGCGGUGGCGCCCAGGUGGGCGGAUACGGCGCCCCGAAGCAGGCCUCUGUGAUCGACUACAGCUCUGCGCAGUACUAUCCGACGGCUCAGGUCGCCCCGCAGUCGUCUCCCGUCUCUAACGCGCCCAAGCUUGACCCGGCCGCCUACGGUGCCCCGAAGGCUGCCUCGAUUCUGGGUCAGUACAGCUCACCGGAGGGAGCCGUAGCGCCGUCGCAGAGCUACGAACAGCCAGCGCCGGCCGUCUCCUACCAGGAGCCGUCUCCUGGCUACGGAGAGCCGCGGCCCAACAGCAUCGUCGCUGGCGGUCAGCAGGGGUACGCCGCUCCGGCUGCGGAGCAGGGCUACUCGGCACCCGCCGCUCAGCAGGGAUACACCGCGCCCGAGGCGGACUCGAUCAUCACGCUUGAGUCGCUGCAGAAGCAGCAGGCCCAGAAUGGCGGUGGAUACGGUGCCGGCGGUGGCGGCGGCGACGUCUUUGUCAACAUCCAGAGCUCUUUCGCGUACGGCGGUGGCCAGGCUCCGUCUGCUUCGACCGGCUACGGAGCUCCGGAUCCUACUGACAUCGUGACUGGCCAGUACAAUCCGGCGGCCGUGCCGACGGCGCCGCAGGGCUACGGAGGCCCCAACCCUGGCAGUCUGGUGGGCCAGGCCUACGACGUGCAGUACCCGGAGGCUUCUGAGUACCGUGAAGAGGUGGUGCGACCCAACGAGCUGGCCGAGGAUGGCGUUGACAUCGUCGACAUCGUCGAGGUCGUCGAGGACCCGCUGGCGGUUGGUGAAGAAGUCGAGGUUGUUGACGAGGAGGGCGACAGCGAUGUGUUCUUCGUGUACUACCCUGGCGAAGACGACGAGACGACACCCGAGGAGGCCCCUGUCGAGGAGGAAGUCACCAUCGAGGAGAUCCCCGUCGAAGAGGUACCGGUUGAGGAAGAGGAAGUUCCCGUCACGGAAGCCCCCGUCACCACCACCACCGAGGUCACCACCACACCGGAGCCGACACGCGCCACGAGGAGGCCGUUCUUCAACCUGCCAACGCGCCGUCCGUUCCUGAGCUCGUUCUACAGCCGCCAGCGCGGCCGAACCACCACCACCGAGGCGCCGGAGGUCGUCGAAGAGGAGACUGUCACCGAAGCGCCUGUCGCCGAGGAGCCGCAAGCUGAGGCCUCCACGACGACGACCACCACCCCCAAGCCUCGCUCCCGGCUGGAUGAGGUGCGCAACAGGAGGCGACGACCGGUGCCUUUCGGAGCCCGUCUGAGGCCAAAGUUCUACAAGGCCCUCGGAGAGGCCACGGAAGAGAAGGAAGAGUGAAGUGCGACGCGUGGAGGUGAUAGGCGUGAGAAGAUUCCAGGGAGGAUGUGUCAGAGAAACUGAGGGCGUUACAAAGUGAAGCGCGUGCGAGACAGAGAGAGAGUGGAGUUGUGGGUCAUGCUUGGGCGGUAAUGCUAGACCAUGGCUGCAUUGGCCACCACUAACCGUUGUUACUUAGGCUAUGCCAGUGCGCGCGUCGGGAGCGUAUUUAUUUGAACCGGUACUGGGCGCUGUUCCUGAGAGGGUUGUCGAAGGCCUUGUGCCAGUAGCGAAGACGGCGAACCGCGAUUGCUCAUGGGGUCCACUAUGGGGGCCCGUCAUCGGCUCAACGUACUGUUAUUGUUGUUUGUGCUUAUCACAUAGGGCGAGAAGGCGCAUGGCUGCAGGUGCUUCGAGAACAUGUGGUUGUGUGAAUGUGUGUGUCAGUGUCGAAUGACUCAAAGUGUGCUUUGCGAUCACCUCGAGUCAAGUUUCGUACGACAAAGCUGACUCAUUUCCGAACGUCGUGUAAACUUCGAAAUGAUAGCUAGUGCGAUCCAAACGGAGUUGUUCUAAAGCUUUCACAGAAUGCUCAUUUGACCGGUGCGUUUCGAUGACGCCGAUGUUCGUAGAUUUGUCGGUUCUGUCGUAUGAAGCGGGCCCGCCGCGCUGUUGUUUUUAUGAAGCUGUACCUUGCGAGUGGUUUUCGCUGUCUACUCGAGUGCUCUGCCCCCUCGUGAGGCGAGUGCCUACCCCAUCACGAAAAUAAAGUCAUCGAAUAAA